CAAACCCGCCACCUACCAUCUCGUUCUUCGGGAACAGGCUGUUGAUGUAGAGAGCGUUGCGCCACCAGUAGCGCGAGCACGUGAUGUGGUCAGCCAACUUGGGCGUGAAGACCGACGUGCUCACCACCCAGCGCAUGGACAGCUCCGCGAUGCCCAGCACGUACAGAAGAGGACACUGGGACAAAUGCAAGAAAUCUGCGAGAGAACAAAAGAACACAUUGAAUGUGCACCACAAUACAUCUCAUUCGUAUGCUUUUAAAUACACUCGGUGCUGGACGCGGACACGGACAUCCAGCGCACGACGUACGCCGUGCGCCUCUUCCACAUGGGCUGCUGGCGCCGCGUGGUGGUGAACGACGAGCUGCCGGUGGACGCCGCCGGCGACAUCCUGCUGCCGGCCACCGACAACCCCUGCGUGGUGUGGCCCUACGUGCUGUUCAAGGCCGUGGCGCUGCUGGCGGCGCGCACCUGGACCCGGGACGAGGACGUGCGCGAGUUCUCGGUGAUGGAGUGCCUGUCGUCGGCCGUGCUGACGGAGGAGCCGCUGGCGUCGCGCUCCGCGGACGAGGUGUGGGCGCUGGUC